AUGCACCAGAGCUUAUUUAUCACUGCCGCCUUGGCUCUUGUCUACGCUAGUACCGCUUCAGCUAGGAUUUGCAAGGUGGGCAUUUACAGAGCUGCGAAAGACAAUAAUUGGAGACUUCGAGCUGCAAGGAAAAUAAGAAUUAGCAUGGACGACACGCCUAUGCAGUUUCAGUGGGACUAUAAAGAUGGCGCUUCUAAAGAGGCUACCUAUAAAGUUGAGCUUCAUUACGAGGGUUGCGAGGCAAAGGUUGUUGGGGAUCAGAAACUGCCUGCCUAUUUGACUAUCAAAGGCACAAUAUCUGAGGAUGUAUCGGUGACAGGCCAUCCUGAAUUUGACGAAUAA